AAAAUUCACACGGAAGACGUUUAAAAUAAUCAAUGAAAUAAAAUAACUUAAAACACUCGUAGUUUUUAGCUUGCACUUUAAAACAAACUCUAGCAUUAUCUGCUAUCUCUUUUUUUUGGUUUACUAAAUUAAUAUGACUGUAGUGACUGGAAAUAUGGAGCCUAAACCAGCAACGUACAAAAGGUCCAGACUAGAGAUAAACAUUAGACUUCUGCUGAACAAAUGUGAACUUAUAGCAAAGCAAGAAGCAAUAGAUGGCAACUGGAGACUAAAGAAGUUUGUGGAGUCUCUGAAUGAAAUGCUGACCGACCUCAAAAACGGACGAGAUAAACCACCUAAGGAUGUGAUGAUGGAGUAUACUAAAAGGGUUGGAUUUUUGAAAGGAUUACUUCAAACUGCUACACUGAGCACUCCUACAGAAAAGCUGGAAGCCCUGCAGCAGCUGUCCCACGGCGCCGCCACAAUGUGUGCUGAUGCUGCGGCACAGGAGAUCCAUCAGAAGACUGUUGCCAAGUACGGCAAUGAGCUCAGAUCAGACUUGUUUGGACUAGAUGACACUGAUGACUCGUUACGCAAAAGGAACAUAAUCAAAGCCCCUAACUUCACAAGCACAAGCACCAGCCAAGAGGACAUCGACACGCUACUCAAGUACCAUCAGAACAUGCAGGAGAAGGUGGCCGAGGACAUGGUCAUGCUGACCAAGAGCUUGAAGGAACAGUCGCAGAUUGCCAGCACUAUUAUUAGGAGGGAUACUGAGGCUCUCAAGAAGUCGUCGACCCUGACGGACCGCAAUGUGGACUCGCUACAAGUAGAGUCGGCCCGGCUGCAGGAGCACAGCCGCGGCGCGUGGAAGUGCUGGCUGUGGCUGAUGCUCGCGCUCGUCAUGUUCAUCUUCAUCAAUAUGGUGUUAUUCAUGAAAGUUAUGAAGAAAAAGAAAGUAUAAGAGUCUGUAAGUAGUUUAAUUUUGUAUUUGAUUAUAGGAUUUUAUAAUUUAUUUGUAAAUAAUGGUAUGAACUGCAUCUAAUUAUUUAUUUUAAGAUAUAAUGGAGUGUAUACGUGUAACCAUUUAAAAUAAUAAAACGUAUCUGUCUUAAAA